ACAACUUUUGGCUCCUUCGAUCGCCAAAUAUUUCGGAGCAGCUUUCGCCUCCUACCAUCCUAUUACAAUAUAUCCCCGUCAUCUCACGAGUGUGGACCUGUCGCAUCUUGCGGUCUUCGGCGUCAAUCUAGAAGAGGAAGGUGGUCGCUAGGUCAUGGAAAUACCUUAAAUGGUCUUCUGAUUCUAUAUCGGCCAAUUGGGAGGACUGCACAUCAUGGGUUACCAACACGCAACUCGCGAUAUGGUGGCGUAUUUGCGCAUCGCAUCGCCCAUUAUUCUGCUCCUCAUAUUUGUCGCCUCCUUCAUUGCGAGCUCCAUUGUCACGGCUAGAAAUGCGAACAAGAACGCCAAUGCCGUACAUACCGGCCCUGGUGGGCGACCACUCCCCAAACGGUCCCGGAGUACAAUGACCGUGAUCAAGGCACCGCAAAAGUUCUCAGAACGCACAAAACUGUUGUUCAAGUGGUUGUCUGUCGGAGUACUUCUGACAAUCGCCGCGGAUGGUGCCCUUAAUGUGGCCCAUGUGAUGAUCGCAAGAUCGGAACACUGGUGGUGUGGCCAAUCAGUGGUGAUCUAUGUCGUGGGCUCAUUCUUCGACUACGCGAUCAUACUCGUCUCUUUGUUGGAUACAAACCCCUCUCCAACCUUCGCCCAAUUUAUUCCAUGGCUAGUGGCGAUUCCGAUUGAACUGGGUAUCUUAGGCACCUCCCUCUCCAUCUAUUCCGACGUACACCGCGAACCUGUGGUUGGGAACCCUGUUGGUGGUCGUCUGAGACAAGGCAUAACGCCGUGGGAGUUAGCGGAGGUAGUUCUGAACUGUGUUCGGGUACUGUUCCUCAUGGCUAUGGUCAUGUCCUACAUGUUCAAUACGAUCAACUUCAACUCCAAAAGGGCUCACGGCCACGUCAAUGGGGUCAAUGAGACCACGGGUUUACUUAACGGCCACCACGCAGAAAAUGGGAAUGCCUACGGCUCAACGAAUGGUCACGCGCAGGCUUCCAAGCCCGCCGAUCCGUGGGUUCGCCCGACUACUGUUCCGUCGACUAGUUGGUGGGAGUAUCUUAGCGGUUACUCACUAUUCUUCCCAUACCUAUGGCCAUCAAAAUCUCGUCGGUUGCAGAUAGUAGUGGUCAUUUGCUUCUUGCUCAUUGUACUGCAACGGAUCGUCAAUGUGCUGGUUCCUUACCAGGCAGGUGUCAUCACCAACAUGCUCUCCAAGCAAGAUGGCGAAUUUCGAGUUCCGUGGUCCAACAUUUGCCUCUACAUUCUCUACCGGUGGUUGCAGGGCAACCAGGGUCUCAUCGGUUCUUUGCGGUCUAAUCUAUGGAUACCUGUGAGCCAGUACUCCUACAUGGAGCUCUCGACUGCGGCUUUCGAGCACGUACAUGGACUGAGUCUCGAUUUCCACCUUGGGAAAAAGACGGGUGAGGUGCUAUCUGCCCUGAGCAAAGGUAGUUCAAUCAACACAUUUCUCGAACAAGUCACCUUUCAGGUCGUCCCUAUGUUGGUUGACCUCUGUGUUGCGAUCGUCUUCUUCCUUGUCUUCCUGGACGCUUAUUAUGCGCUCGUGGUAACUAUUGUCACUUUCUGCUACCUCUACGUCACCGUGCGUAUGGCACAAUGGCGAGCGGAAAUCCGCAGAGAGAUGGUCAACAAGUCCCGGCAAGAAGAUGCCGUUAAGAACGAUUCUAUGGUCUCCUAUGAAACCGUGAAAUACUUCAAUGCGGAGGACUAUGAGUUUGGCAGAUACAGAAAUGCUGUGUCUGACUUCCAGAAGGCCGAAUACCACGUUCUCUUCUCCCUCAAUCUGCUGAAUACAUCGCAGAACACAGUUUUCAUGCUAGGUUUGCUGAUUGCAUGCUUUAUCGCGGCUUAUCAGGUAUCGUUAGGACAGCGGGAUGUUGGGCAGUUUGUUUCACUCCUCACAUACAUGGCCCAAUUGCAAGGGCCCUUGAACUUCUUUGGCACCUUCUACCGUUCCAUCCAGUCAGCCAUGAUCAACUCAGAGCGGCUGCUGGAACUGUUCAGGGAACAGCCCACCGUGGUCGAUCGACCCAGCGCCAGGCCCCUGCCAGUCUGCAAGGGUGAUAUCAUGUUCGAAAAUGUCGAGUUCUCAUAUGACACCCGGAAACCAGCCUUGAAUGGGCUGACGUUCCGCUGCGAGCCUGGGACAACCACAGCUCUGGUGGGUGAGUCAGGCGGAGGAAAAUCUACUGUUUUCCGUCUACUCUUCCGGUUCUAUAACGCGACGAGGGGCCGUAUUCGUGUAGAUGGGCACGACGUGGAAAGUAUCAAAAUCGAUUCGCUCCGAAAGCACAUCGGAGUUGUGCCGCAGGACACGGUGCUCUUCAACGAGACAUUGAUGUACAAUUUGAAGUAUGCCAAUCAGGACGCGACGGAUGAGGAGGUCUAUGAAGCUUGCCGUGCUGCCAGCAUCCACGACAAGAUCAUGUCCUUCCCCGAUGGAUAUAAUACUAAGGUCGGUGAGCGCGGUCUCCGACUCAGCGGCGGAGAGAAGCAGCGGGUUGCCAUUGCUCGGACCAUUCUCAAGAACCCGCGAAUUAUUCUUCUGGAUGAAGCGACUGCUGCGCUGGACACAGAAACCGAGGAGCACAUCCAGGGCGCGCUGUCAAGCCUUUCCCGUGGGCGGACGAUGCUUGUCAUUGCUCAUCGACUGAGUACCAUUACUACGGCGGACAGAAUAGUAGUCUUACAUGAAGGCCGAGUGGCUGAAAGUGGCACUCACGAUCAAUUGCUGGCAAUGAAAGGCCGGUAUGCCAGCAUGUGGCGUAAACAGAUUCGUGCCCAGAGGGCCGCCGCGGAAGCCCAAGUGCUUCAAGAUCGCGCUCAACGCUUGCGUAGCGCAUCUACAUCGGGUGCCGCCGAUGAUAGCUCCAGUCAGUCCGACGAGGACCGGAAGCCGGCCAACAAGCCCGGUGACGAUGGCCGCAAAGGACAGGAGACAGCUCGGUGAGCACUCGGUAGGUCUAGCUAGCCAAAUUCAGACGGAGACGCCUCUGCACCCGCGUUGAACGUUUGUGAAUGACGGGGUGGGAGAUAUAG